GCGCGCGCGCCGUGCGCUCGCGCCGCCCCCACGUGGUGCGGUGCGGUGCGGUGCGGUGCGGUGCGCUCGCCGGGAGCCGUUGGCCGGAGCCGUUGGCGGACAAGCCAAACAGCAAGAGCAGGCCCCCCCCCCCCCCCGCUCCGGCCCCCCUUCGCCGCCGCCAUGCAGCGCAGGAAGGUGGACAACCGCAUUCGGGUGCUGAUCGAGAACGGCGUGGCCGAGCGGCAGCGGGCCCUCUUCGUCGUGGUCGGCGACCGCGGCAAAGACCAGGUGGUAAUCCUUCACCACAUGUUGUCUAAAGCAACUGUAAAGGCCAGACCCUCUGUCCUAUGGUGUUACAAAAAAGAGCUGGGGUUUAGCAGCCACCGAAAGAAGCGAAUGAGACAGCUACAGAAGAAGAUUAAAAGUGGGACUUUAAACGUAAAAGAUGAUGAUCCUUUUGAGUUAUUUAUAGCAGCUACAAACAUUCGCUACUGCUAUUACAACGAGACUCAUAAGAUUCUUGGUAACACUUUUGGCAUGUGUGUACUUCAGGAUUUUGAAGCCUUGACUCCAAACCUGCUAGCUAGAACUGUUGAAACAGUAGAAGGGGGUGGAAUUGUGGUGAUUCUCCUGCGAACUAUGAACUCGUUGAAGCAGCUCUAUACAAUGACCAUGGACGUACACUCUCGCUACAGAACAGAGACACACCAAGAUGUAGUAGGAAGGUUUAAUGAAAGGUUCAUUCUGUCUCUGGCCUCCUGCAAGAAUUGCAUCGUGAUUGAUGAUCAACUGAACAUCUUGCCCAUCUCCACUCAUGUUGCAAACAUCACACCUGUUCCACCGCAGUCGCAGGAAGACAGUCUCCGGCCCCAGGAUCUAGAGCUGAAAGAGCUGAAGGAAAGCCUGCAGGAUACACAGCCUGUAGGAGUUCUGGUGGAUGGCUGUAAAACUCUGGAUCAGGCAAAAGCAGUUCUGAAAUUUAUUGAAGCCAUUUCUGAGAAGACUCUAAGGAGCACCGUGGCAUUAACAGCAGCUAGAGGACGUGGUAAAUCUGCUGCUUUGGGGCUGGCUAUUGCUGGAGCAGUAGCUUUUGGUUAUUCCAAUAUCUUUGUCACAUCUCCCAGCCCUGAUAACCUUCACACUCUCUUUGAGUUCAUAUUUAAAGGCUUUGAUGCACUUCAAUAUCAGGAACAUCUAGAUUAUGAGAUUAUUCAGUCUUUAAACCCUGAGUUUAACAAGGCUGUUGUCAGAGUGAAUGUGUUUAAGGAGCACAGACAGACCAUUCAGUACAUACAUCCUGCUGAUUCUGUGAAACUGGGUCAAGCUGAACUUGUUGUGAUUGAUGAAGCUGCUGCCAUCCCUCUCCCCCUCGUGAAAAAUCUGCUAGGCCCGUACCUUGUUUUCAUGGCUUCUACAAUAAAUGGGUAUGAGGGAACUGGUCGAUCAUUAUCUCUGAAGCUCAUUCAGCAGCUCCGGCAACAAAGUGCACAAGCCCAAGUCUCAAUGACAGCAGAGAACAAAUCUACAGCUACAGCUAAACUCACCUCAGCUCGUACGUUGCAUGAAGUCUCCCUCCAUGAGUCAAUUAGAUAUGCCCCUGGCGACCCUGUUGAAAAGUGGCUAAAUGACCUGCUGUGUUUGGACUGUCUCAGCAUCACCAGAAUUAUCUCUGGCUGCCCACUGCCUGAGACCUGUGACCUUUAUUAUGUAAAUAGAGACACACUGUUUUGUUACCACAAAGCAUCAGAAGUUUUUCUGCAGAGACUGAUGGCUCUCUAUGUGGCUUCACACUACAAGAACUCUCCCAAUGACCUCCAAAUGUUAUCCGAUGCACCUGCCCAUCAUCUUUUUUGCCUUCUGCCCCCUGUUCCACCUACCCAGAAUUCAUUGCCAGAAGUACUUGCUGUUGUUCAGGUGUGCAUGGAGGGAGAGAUCUCUCGCCAGUCUAUAAUGAAUAGCCUUUCGAGGGGAAAGAAAGCUUCUGGUGACCUUAUUCCCUGGACCAUUUCAGAGCAGUUCCAAGAUCCAGAUUUUGGGAGCCUCUCUGGUGGACGUGUUGUUCGCAUUGCAGUCCAUCCGGAUUAUCAGGGGAUGGGCUACGGCAGCAGAGCUCUGAAUUUACUGCAGAUGUACUAUGAAGGCAAAUUCCCUUGUCUGGAAGAAAAAACAAUUCAGAGGCCCAAAGAAAUUGCAACUGUAAGCAGUGAGACUGUUAGUUUGUUAGAAGAGGUUGUGACACCUCGGAAAGACUUGCCUCCUUUGCUUCUCAAACUGAGUGAGAGACAAGCUGAGAGCUUAGACUAUCUAGGUGUAUCUUAUGGCCUAACACCAAGAUUACUGAAGUUUUGGAAGCGUGCUGGAUUUGUGCCAGUUUAUCUAAGGCAGACACCAAAUGACCUGACUGGUGAGCAUUCAUGCAUCAUGCUGAAGACGCUGAAUGAAGAGGACACUGAACAGGAGCCUUGGCUUACUGCCUUCUGGAAAGAUUUUAGGAGGAGGUUCCUUUCUCUUCUUUCCUACCAGUUCAGCACUUUCUCUCCCUCCUUGGCAUUGAAUAUUCUACAAAACAAAAAUAUCAAACAGCAGUCACAACCCUCCAUCAGCCGUGCUGAAUUAGAAGCUGUUUUCAUCCCAUAUGACCUGAAGAGGUUAGAGAUGUACUCUCGCAAUAUGGUGGACUAUCAUCUGAUCAUGGAUAUGGUACCUGCUGUUGCCAGGAUGUUUUUUCUCAACCAGCUGGGUGAUAUUUCUCUCUCUGCUGCACAGUCGGCCCUUCUUCUAGGGAUUGGCCUACAGCAUAAAUCUCUGGACCAACUGGAAAAGGAGGUGGAACUGCCCAGCAGUCAACUGAUGGGCCUCUUCAACAGAAUUAUCCGCAAAGUAGUCCAGUUGUUCAACACAGUCCAGGAAAAGGCUGUGGAGGAGCAGAUGGUAGCAACAAAGGAUAUUGUAAUGGAGCCAACGCUGAAAUCUUUAAAUGAUGAUCUGGAAGAAGCCGCAAAGGAAUUCCAAGAAAAACACAAGCAAGAAGUGGGGAAGCUGAAGGAAAUGGACCUUUCACAAUAUAUUAUUCGGGGUGACGACGAAGAAUGGAAUGAGGUGCUGAGCAAAGCAGGACAGAAUGCUUCCAUCGUCAGUUUGAAAAGUGAGAAGAAGAGAAAGCUAGAAACAGUAAGAGGACCUAAGCAACAGAAGAAGUUUAAGAAGACUAAAGAUCCAAAGCAGAAGUGGAAGAAAUUACUUUGAAGCCAAUCAAUGAACUUGAAUUAAUGACUGACGGGUCUGUACUUAAGAAGUACUAUUCUCCUUUCAAAGCAAAGGACUUCCUUUGGAGCGGAGGGAGAGGGGAGAAAAAAAGCCUUAGGGACAUUUUAAAAAGCAGUUUAUAUUAAGGGACAUGCAGUGACACUGCCAGGAGACAGUCUAUAGAGAUUUUUAUGAAGUGUAACUGCAGAGCUUGCAACACACUGACAUAUUAUGAGGGUGCUUUAGCAGCUACAGAGUUUCCAUUUAGUCAAGGCAGAUCAAUCUGUAAACUUUCCUGCAUCUUGCUGGUUGAUAUCUUUAUUAAAAAAGAAUUUGGACAACAAAGGAUAGAAAUGUAUUAGGCUUUGGCAUGUGACUCUUACAUUGUAGCAUUUUUGACAUCUUGAUAUAUUCAGUUACUGGUUCGGUAGUAUUGCCCUUCCUUUGUAGCUUGAGGGAUUUCUCACUUGAGUCGCAACUGAGAUUUUAUAUGGGGCUUGCUAUUCAGUGAGGCCACGUUGUUGAUGCAGACUCAUGAUGUGGUCCUUGCUCACAGGAGCUCAGGAUAUACAAUGAACACAUCUAUUUUGGAAGGCAGUCUACAGUUCCUGCUUACUGUGCUCUAUAAGGAGCUGUAAUAAAGGCUCCUUUUUUGCAUUCACACUUGCUUGUAAGCUCUCAGCAUUCCAGCGGCUCAGUAAUUUACAUUUCCUAGUUCUCAAGCAGGCUAGGAUGAUUAACAGGUGCUGGGAAAGCUGCUUCUGCCAGCCUGUCUCCCCUGCUGUCUGCUUACCUAGAGCUGCUACUUGGCUUUGUUGGAAAGUCUUGUGUUAAUGUUACCAAGAAAUCAGCACCAUCAUACCAACACCUGGUCUUAGUGGUAUUCUCUUUAUGCUCAGGGCAGGUCAAACAGGCAAGCCACUGAGCUCCGCAGCUCUGCUAGUCUGCGGUUCCCACUUGGCAACAAGUGGGUGCUAGUUUAGAGCUGAGACUUUUGUGACUGCAGUACUCUAGUUCUGGUGCCUGUUGCACUCCAGUGGUUUAAAAACCAGGGCAAGUCUCUGACACAGAACUGUCCUUGUCCCGAACCUGAGCAUCCUGCUGCAUUGGCUUGAUGUUCCAGCUUCAUGGUGUGAAGGUUUGGAAACUAGACUUACUCAUGGCUGCAUGUACUGCUGCAGUUGAUUUGCUUGUAGAUCUCAAUACUCUUACCAGCAAAUCCUUAAAGAAACAGUUUCUUCCCAGUUAAAGGCAGUAUUUCUUCUCUGGGAAGCUAUUCUAUGAAGCCUUUUGGCUAAGGAUAGGCCUUGUACAACGCAGCCUGUACAUACCUUUGGUUAACAGACCAGUCUGUAAGUUGGCAGCAACAGCACUUCCCCCACCCUCGAGGCAGUUGAGCCCUGAGAUGGGGAGAUCUGCAGCUGCAGCUUUUAAAGGCUUAAUGAGGGGCCCUGUUAUCCCCAGCUGUGCUGAAAGAGCAGCACUAGGGGACCUGCAGGGGUGAGGUAGUGGCAUGCUGCCCUGAAGGGUUCCUAAAGGAGCUGUGCAAGGAGUAAGCAGGGAAGGUAAGAAGUGUGAAGCUCUUCACAGCUGCCUGGGGAGUCCUCAGAAGAAAAUGUGAGUGUGAAUUUUCUCUCUUUUUGCUGUUGUUAAUGGAAGGGUAAGUGAUGUCCCUGGUGGGAGAGGGGUGCAGGGCUAUGACCCACUUGCUUUGGGGAGUGGUGUGUGCUGGAUGUGCUGCUGCCUAGAUCCUGUCUCUGCUUGACUUUGUUUUGAGGGGCAAAUGACUGACUUGUACCACAGUAGUGGUGCGGGUAAGGGAAUUACUGUUAUGCCAGGCUAGGGCAGGAGGGGCUGCAGCUAGUGUUGGAGCCUUUCCUGGGAUGCUCCCCAGCCUGGUGAAAAGGAAACCAGUUCUGCCAAACGGUAGUGGUGCAGAGUGGUGCUGACUGGAAAGUUGAGUGUGGAGGCUCUUCUCUUGUCCCAGGGGUCUGUUGGAUCAAAGGCUGGGAAGCCCAGUGUAAGAAAAGCACAUUUCCUGUGGAUACCUGUUGGACUGUACGGUUUUCUAGUGUCUUGCUUAGUUCAACAGAGAAACCUCUGGAGCUGGUGACAUUUGUGUGAGGGAUGAUUAUGGCAAUUAAAGUUUUUUCUAGCGAUUGUCCAGGGUUGGUCAUAUCCUUUAGCCCUUUGUGGGAGGGACUACGGCGAUGUGCUUGGAGUGGUAAUUAGGUAAGGAACUGGUAUCAAGUGGUUACUAUGUGAUGACUGAGUAAUGUUGACUUGCCUGCUUCACAUUCUCUGCUCAGAGAGAUUUGACCGUGGUCUAAUAGGCUGCAAGACAAAAGAUGCUUGAAUAUUAAAUACUUGUAGAGCCCUUUCAAAGCAGGUUGAAACUCUGUGCUAAUACAGCAGGUGUAACUGCUUAAGAUUCUCUGACCUAUGUGGAUUAUUGGAUUUGUUGGCCCAGGUGUAGUGUUUUAGUUUCUCUGGGUCUUAUUAUCUAAUAAGUGACAAUAGCAGAAGGCUUUUUCUAUUGUAUGUUACUUCUUGUGGCAAGAAAAUGCUAAUUUAAUGUCCAUAAAAUGCAGAAGUGGUGCAAAUUACAAUGAAUGUCUCAGGAGUGCUGUAAAACUAGUUCUUCCAGUAGGUUCAAAACUGUAAUGUUUAAGAGAAGUUUUAUUAUAAAACUCCCUUGUGCUGUUGAAAUUGGUUUGUGUUUUUCAGUGGCUAUGCUGAGGAUCAAAUGGUUAAAAAGUUCAAAAGAAGUUCAUAUUUAUAUGAAAAAUACAUGGAAGAAGUUCAUGCUUAUUUAUAAGGCCAUGCUGAGUAGCUGUUAAACUGUGCAAAUUUGACUGUCCUCCUCUCUCCAAAGCUGUGACCUGCACAGUCCAGGGGACCCUCAUCUAACAUGUGGCUGUGAUGAAGCUGUAUUAUGUAAGCCUUAAGUCAGACUGAGGUUUCUGGCUGUUUCAGAAAAUAUGGUCUCAUGGUAGUAGGCAGCAGUCAUAAAAACUUUGGCUCCUGACUUACUGGCACUGUUUUGGGGAAAGUAUGUUCACUUGUAAGGGAGCCAAACUGGCAGUGGGGCAAAAAUGAGCAAUGGUCAGCGUGUUGUUUGAGCCUGUCAAAGCGUGUGUGUGUUCGAAGGUGCAGGCUGCUUGUUGGAAAUAAAGGGGGGUAAGAAAAGUGGUGUCAUUUUAAUCUUUCUUUUUUUUUUUUUAACCAUUAAACCAAAUUACUUCUGCAAAGCAUUACUAUUAAGCAGUGUGAAAUGAAAUAGGAAACUUGACAGGUUCCCCUGCUCAGUUUGGAAGCAUUUGUGACGGCAGGCUAGGUUGGAGCCGAUCUAUGAGCAUAUUAGUCUGACAAAGUGUCUUGUAAAUUUUCUGUAGAUCGUUAGGGAAUAGAGUAGAUAAAAUUAAACUGGAUUCUUCAAGCAGACCAGGAUUUUGCUUUUUACCUGAUAUCUGCCUCUACUGCUCUCUGUCAAUAGGCUGCAGUAAUUUCUGCUCUGUUAUCUGUGAAUUGGAUAUACUGUAGUUGCAGUAAAAGACUUGAAGAAUUUGAGUUUAUACUUGGAUUUCUUAGGUGUUACUAGUGAGUGUACCCCCCCAUUCCAUUGGGAGUUGUAUUUAAGCAGAAUUUUGCUAUUUCUACAGAAAAUAGGUGUAUUCAGAGUCAAAUCAAUCUUUUCUUAAAUUUUCUGCAUACAUUUUAUGAUUACUGGCAGCUUUUGGGAUUCUUCUGCCUGUCUACUGCUCUUUGAACUGCAAAAUGGAAAAAAGUGCUCAAAUACUAAAGUAAGUGAGAAGUGG